AUGUUAACUUUCACACUGCUCAGCAAACUCGACCCCAAACUCCCGCUCUUGAAAUGCAAGAGGGCGUCUAACUGGCGUGAGUGCGUACUCUUUGAACCUGCGGGACGCACCGCACUACUAUAUAAGAAGUGCGACUCCCCCACGAUACCAGAAGAGCACCACACAACAGCAGAGGGAAGGACGCGCAGCUUCCUCGACAGUACUUCAGACAUGGAUCCUCAACAUAAGCGCACACACAGGGACACUAAUUAUCGCGGCAUAGGGGCGGAUAAGAUGGAUAAAGAACUAGACGAUGGGCAGCUUACCGUGAUUUCGGCGGUUGUAGCGGGAGGAGACAAGCAAAAUACACGGUCCGAACCUGAGCCUGGAGCAGAAGCAGAAGAAGACGGCCUUGUAGCAGACGCACCCGACCCCAUUGACGACAAAAACCCUAAGGGCGACAGCGGCCAAGAGCUCGGGCAACAGCUUGAGGAGGCGGCCCCCCCAGCCGCGGAGGGGCCACAGCUCGCGGAGAGGAAGCAGCGCCGCUACCGCACCACGUUCACUCAGUUGCAACUGCAGGAGCUGGAGGGAUUUUUCCGUCGCGUCCAAUACCCCGACGUGUUUGCAAGGGAGGAGCUUGCAGGACGCCUGAAUUUGACUGAAGCCAGAGUGCAGGUUUGGUUUCAGAAUAGAAGAGCCAAGUGGAGACGACAUCAGAGGGCACAGAUGCUCAGAAAUAUGGGUCCUGUCAUCAUGGGCCCCCCUAUGGGUGUAUUCAUCAAUGGGCCCUAUAGUGCUGUCCCUGUUCUGGAACCUGCUUGGAGAUAUGUUCCUAUGAUACCACAACCCUAUGGGCCCCCUAUCCCACCUAUGGGACCCUGGCCACCUAUGGGACCCUGGCCACCCAUGCCUCCCAUGCCACCCAGGCCCCCUCUGCCACCCAGACCACCCAUGAUGCCUAUGCCUCCCAGGCCACCUAUGGUUCCCUUUGGUCUCGCGCCUGUAGGUGUGGCAUGGACCCCCAUCAUGGAUGGUUAUUUCGCAGGUCCCAUUUUCUAA